UUCCUUCGCCCGCCACGACCGACCCGCUUGUAGCGCAGGGCAGCCGAGCUCCGAGCUCCGCCCACAAGUAGUAGAAGAAGAAGAAGGAGAUGAAGGACAAGUAGAAGAAGAAGAGAGUGAGCUCCACAUCCAUCUUGCCGGCUCGACAUCUGCUCUGUAUUGUGUGGUGGGCUCCUCAGUCCUAGCCCCCAGUCCUGAAUACCCCUCUUCGUCCCCCUCCUUCCCCCUUCCCCCCUCCCUUCCCCCACCAUCCUUACCACCUUCCUUCCCUCCCUCCCUUUCUCCCUUCCUUCCGUCCUUCAUCCCCCUCUCAGCCCCUUCCCCCCCCCCAGCCUCUUGCAAAGUCGGGUCGAGAGAGGGAAAAGGAAGAUACUUCGCCCGCAUCGCGAUCUCCAGCUUCGCUCGGUCGCUCACUCACCUCACUCACUCACUCCCUCACUCGCAUGUGGAAAGACUUCGUCGAGCGAGAAAGAGAGAGAGAGAGAGUGUCAGUCAGAUAGGAUCAUUAUCUUGUCGAAAAGCGCUUGCAAUCACCGCCAGCUUCGUCGGCCCUGCGAAAGAAGAUAGACCUGGUGUCUGUCGAUUGACUAGAAGAAACCCACUCUUCGCCUCAUCCCGCCUCUCCCUCUGCCCGCGCGCCCUCUCGCCCUCCCGCCUGCUUGUCUGCCUGCUCUGCUCUGCGCGCAUUGCUGUCCUCGUCGCCAACGAACGGCCUGCAUCAUCUGCUCUCACCUUGCUCUGAAGCUCGCGCUCCCGUCUCACAGCUUCUUGAUUCGUCAAUCGACUCUACUUAAUGCUGUGGCUUCCACUCGUCGAGACAGACAACUGCGGGACGCUCAAUCACAGGAAGGGUUCUAUCACGGGGUCGUUGGAGCACAAGAGUGACCGCCAGGAUGCCGGGCCCUCAGACGUACCCUAAGAUUAUCAACACCCUGAUAAAGUCGAAUGCGAAGGUGUGCCUCAAAUCCUCGAAGCGCGACUACUUGACCGACUCGGACGACGAGUGGACAGGACCCAAGCCGCAAGUGUGUCCCAAGAGGGUGCGAGUCAUCUGCACUGAUCCCGAUGCCACGGACUCGUCCAGCGACGAGGAAAGCAACUUCCGGGCCAACCAUCUCACCAAGUACGCGUACAGAAGGCAUGUGCAGGAGAUUGACAUUCGGGCCGACUGCUCCCCGUCUUCUUCCGACAGCGAGGAUGAACUGAGUUACCACAGCGUGUUCACCGCGAGGGCUAUGCAAUGCGGUUUCAAUUGCGCCAGCUUAUCAGGGAAUGCCGUCUACGAGUCGAGCAGCAAGCAGUCGCAGGGGACGUGGUUCUCCAAGAAAAAGGUGGACAAAGCCACCUCGAAGAAGGUCGUCAAGACUGUCAAGAAGAAGGUGGACGGCAUUGAGAAGACGAGCACCUCCAAAUUCUUUUCCAAGUCUGCCAAUUCGAAGUCACUGGCCGGUCGAGGGCGAGGCGGUGAUGAGGGAAAGACUCACAAGUACAGGGGGGUCAGGCAACGACCCUGGGGCAAAUGGGCUGCGGAAAUUAGGGAUCCUUCCAAGGGUGUUCGUCUCUGGCUCGGCACUUAUGAUACAGCUGAAGAGGCUGCACAGGCCUACGACAAGGCAGCUCGAACCAUCAGGGGUCCGCAGGCGCACACGAACUUCGCCGGGCUCUCGGACUCGGACAAAGCCGAUGAUCCGACCGACGGCGAAUUAAACGAAGCUCUCAAAUGCCAUUCUGGCCCCACUGCUGAAGUAGAGAUCAUCGAGCUCAAGUCCGAAGCAGAGACCGAAGGUGAGGGCGAGGACUGUCCAUUCAACCAGGACCUCGAUGAUCCGAUUCAUCUGUCCAGUGGAGUGGCUUCCGAAGUGUCCCUGAGCAGCAGCAAGUCGACAGGCGAGCCCAGCUGCUCGUCUCCCCGCAAGGGCAGCAAUGCAGGAAGCUCGUCCAACAAAGGGUCCAGCUCGCAAGCUCUCAUUACCUGUGAGGACUUUCCCACAGUGGUAAUGACGGACGAAGAAUGUGGUUUCCUCGUGUGCUCGCCGUCCUCUGUUCUCGACUGCUACCCAACUCCGCUGUCCGAGUGCUCCCCAGGGAGACAGUCUUCAGAGGUCAAUACUUCUUCCAGCAGCUCGGUGGCCGAUGACGGGGACCUGAAUUAUCUGCAUUCAGAUAUGGGGUCGGACGGGUACCAAGUAGAUGGUGAAUCUGACGAUAUUUCAGCACAACUCCAGAUUGCCGACGAGCCCGAGUAUACAGACUCUGACAUGGACUUGAAAGAUGCUGCUCCUGAAGGGCUGCAAGAAGACUCGACAGACUUCGUGCAAACCUAUCUCACAGAGCCCGAAGGUCAAGACGAAUUUGUGUUCGAUUUCCCCCCCUGUGAAACCAGCAGCGCAAUGUCGUUCGACUUCACAGGCUUUGACCUCCUGGGAGACGGCGGUGAAGACAUAGCCGACUUCAUCUUCGAACCGGACAGCGGUUGGUUUGGCAAUCUCACCGACAUUUCCGUUUCAUGAGAAGCUUCCCAAACAGCGUUCUCUCUUACAUUUUUUUGGUAAUUGCAGUACCUGCAGACCAUUCCAUGGUGGUUGGCACGAUGGCUUUAGUUGAGACGAGAUAUACAUGACUUAAGGAGAAAUGUGAUUUUUCCUGAAGGUUGCUUUUUUGCCCGAAUUGCAGCGAGCGUUGCUCUUUUAGAUUCCCCCCCUCCCACCCGUCGGCUUAUCCUUGAGUACAUAUGUUCCCUCAUCAGGGACAUGAGAUAUUAGACGGAGACUUCACCCUCUUAACCAGUCCAGACACCGUGACAGGACGCUAGUGGCCAAGCUUCCUUCUGCUUGAACUUCUUUCGAUCCAAAGCCACUUCGUCUUGCGAGCGUCUGGAAACUGGGGUUCUCUCGACCACAUAUGAGAGGGAAUCUAGACCGGUGGUUUCCUGAGUAUUAAGAUUUAUGUUGGCUACAUUACUACCCCGAAGGUUACCCUUUACCUACACAAUUAGUUCAUUCUUUUCAACACUUGAUCCAAUCGCCCAUGGGGAAGAUGGGUUAUAUAACAAGUGACGGCAUAACCAGUUUUGCAGAAGAAUUUUGUUGAUUUGUUUUCAUGUACAACGCCCUCUUAGUAUAACUGACCUUGGCAACUUAAAGACUGAGGGCUUAUUUCUAGUACCAGCACCCCCAUUUGUAGUCGGGGAUGAUCUAUGAGCUUACUAUAUGGUUGCUUGGUAUUAACGUGCAACCAAGCCGGCAACCUUUACUCUAUGUUUAAUUUUUGAUUGUAAGCAAGGAACUCUUCAGAGUGGCAAACGUGCUAGACUGUUAUUUCUG